AUGGUCCUCGCGGCAUGGGCGCACCUCCUACCCCUACUCGGGCUCCUGCUGCCCACGCGGGCCCUGGCCCAUGCCUGGGACCCCGCUGGCUAUCUGCUCUACUGCCCCUGCAUGGGGCGGUUUGGGAACCAGGCAGAUCACUUCUUGGGCUCCUUGGCAUUUGCAAAGCUACUAAACCGGACCCUGGCUAUCCCACCCUGGAUUGAAUACCAGCAUCACAAGCCUCCGUACACCAAUCAGCAUGUAUCCUAUGAGACAUACUUCAAGUUGGAACCACUCAACAAGUAUCAUCGGGUCAUCAGCUUGGAGAAAUUCAUGGAGAAAUUGGCACCUAUCCACUGGCCUCCUGAGAAUCGAGUGGCUUACUGCUUUGAUGUGGCAGCCCAGCGGAGUGCUGACAAGAAGACCUGUCCAAUGAAGGAAGGGAACCCCUUUGGCCCAUUCUGGGAUCAGUUCAAUGUCAGCUUCAACAAAUCAGAACUUUUUGGUGGCAUCGCCUUCAGCCCUUCCUACAAGGACCAUUGGAUCCAAAGGUUUCCCCCAGAUAAUCACCCAGUACUCGCCCUGCCUGGAGCUCCAGCCCAGUUUCCUGUGUUGGAGGAGCACAGGGGCCUGCAGAAAUAUGUGGUGUGGUCCGAUGAGAUGAUCCAGAAGGGGGAGGCUGAGAUCCAGGCUCAUCUCAUCAGGCCUUAUGUUGGGGUUCAUCUCCGAAUUGGAUCUGACUGGAAAAAUGCUUGUAAUAUGCUGAAGGAUGGAACAGCUGGCUCCCACUUCAUGGCUUCACCCCAGUGUGUGGGCUACAACCGGAACACUGCUGCACCUCUCACCAUGGUCAUGUGCCUGCCUGACCUGAAGGAGAUCAAACGUGCCCUGAGGCUCUGGGUGAAGACUAUAAAAGCCCAGUCCAUCUACAUUGCCACAGACUCAGAGAGCUAUGUCUCUGAAAUUCAGCAGUUGUUCAAAGGAAAGGUGAAGGUGGUGACCCUCCAUCCUGAAGUGGCACAGAUUGACCUAUAUAUCCUUGGCCAGGCAGACCAUUUCAUUGGCAACUGUGUCUCUUCCUUUACAGCCUUUGUGAAACGGGAACGGGACUUAUGGGGUCGGUCUUCCUCCUUCUUUGGCAUGGACAGGCCCCCUCAGGUUCGGGAUGAGUUCUGAUCUUCCAACCUCUUCCCCCAGCAAUCUAAGCUAUGGUGCCAGUGGUGUCAUCAUAUAGCCAGAAAGUGAGCUCAAGUCACCAGCCUGCUUCAUCCAAAUGCUGGGAAGGAAAGAAAAAAGGUGGCUGUGUCCAGUGUCUGGUCUUAACUUACCUAAAUUCCAGGAUAUAGGCUACCUUCUCAUAUUACUUCCAAGAGACUAUAAAGCAGAAUACCUCAAACUGCAAGGGCUUUCUCUAAGAGAACUGCCUUUGUGGUCCAUUUCUGGGUGAUUCCUGAGCCAAUUCUUAGUAUUAGGCAAUGGAAUACCCUGUCUCUUCCAUAUUUCCCCAUGCCCCUCCGUCUUCAUCCUGCUGUUUCUUCAAAGGGCCCCUGUGUAAUUGGCAUUCCAACAUUAAUGUACAGUGGCUCUCCUGGUUCUUUCUAAGCAUCCACUGAUAACGUAAUAUAAUGGAGAGGGCACUGGAUUUGGAAACACUGGCUUUUCUACUUUCAAGAUGUGUGACAUUGAACAGGUCACCUUAACUCUGUGGACUUCUCUUAUCUCAUCUGUAAAGUAAGGGUGUUGGCUCAGGUGACUUCCAAGGUCCCUUCCAGCUCUAACUCUAUAAUCCUCUGAGUAGCAGAUCUCCUGGAUUACAGCUUUUCUAGUUUUAAUACAUGACCAGCCUAGAUUUUCCUCCCCAGGUAACUAUUUUUAUACCAGUGGAAGGCAUUCAUAUGAAGACCUAAAGUGGCCCUUAUGGUGCAGGCAGAUGAGAAACUCAGACAAGUUUAUAGGCUGAGGAUUGACAACUCAUGCCAUGCUUGCCAAAGACAACUCUUUGGUUGCUUGCCACCUACCCCUUCUGCCCCUGCCUUUCUGCAUUAUCAUGGUCAUGCCACUUUUUGCAUUUCUCCUCCUUGUGAGAGUCCAUGUACACCAACAUCUGAGAAGGACCAUUUUGGAUAAGCAAGCACUUUGGAAAGGUUGCUGACCUCUAGCUCAACCUUUCACCAUAAGAAGUUUGCUUAGCAUGGCUUUUACUCCUCCUGGGCUCCAGAGUGCUGACCAAAACUUUGUGCUUACUUCCUGCCUUCCUUCCUUCCUUUGUACAGUGGGUCCUGAGGCUCUGGCAGUGGGGUGUGAUGACCAAGAUGCAAGUGGCCCAGCAACUGAAGGGAACUUCUAAAUUCUGCCUCUCAGUCUUAAGUGACCCUUACCAUUGUCCUUCACUCUAGCUUCUAUCCCUUUUGUAGGGCUCUGGAGAUUUUCUUCCAAAGAAAAUCUGACUAAAUCUGGAGGAUGUCAUUCCCUCUCAGUAUAUUCUUUAUGAUCAGGGUGUUAUGCAAUCAUCCUGUCCACUACCCAAGGGUGGAAGGUUUAGCUAGAUGCCUUGUAAAAUUCCUAGUUUUUGACACCUAGAGAUAUCCUAUCUACCUUUGCCUUUGCUUCUCUUUGGGGAAGGAAGUUCAGAUUAGGAGCUUGUAGGCCUCAUAGAGGAACCCCCGGCUUGCCACUCAUCAGUUUGGUUCUGACGCUUGACAUUCAUCUUCUGUGGAGGAGUUUAAUUCAUCCCUUAUAAGGUGGAAGCAAUUUGUUGUAGAGGUCACAAGAUGAUCAGAGGACUUGCCUCAGGAUGCCAGUCUGUGAAGGAAAAAAAGCAUUUAGGAAGAUAAGUUUGUGCUGCUCAAAUUCUCUUUAAGUUACAAAAGGGCCUUCUGAAAUCCUUCUGAGCAAAGAAAAUCCCAUGGGAAAGGAAUUUUUAUAAUUUUUUUUUCAAUAAAAUACAGUCAAACAUU